AUGAUGCAAUUUCAGCAAGAACGAGCCCGCCAAACCCUCAGCCUGCAUCCUCCACCCUACUAAAAGCAGAACUCCAAGAUUGCGUGCUUUCUUUUUCGCUCUACCUGCAACCUCGCUGUGUGGCCCCAGGUCUGCUGUGUAUUUUCCAGGACCUUUGCAGAAUGAGCAUGGAGAAACCUGAUUCAUCUUUCAUGCUAGAGUCAUCCUACCCAGACUUGGUCAUCAAUAUAGGAAAAGUAACUCUUGGUGAAGGAAACAGAAAAAAGCUGCAGAAAUUUCAGAGAGAGGAAGAGAAGGCGAAAGUUGUAAAAGCUGCAUGUGCUUUAUUAAACUCAGGAGGUGGAGUGAUUCAGCUGGAGAUGGCAAACAACGACAAGCAUCCCGUGGAGAUGGGACUGGAUUUAGAAGAGUCUUUGAGAACACUUACUCAGUCUUUAAAUUUGGAGGCUUUCUUCAAGACUAAGCAAGAAGGGAAAUGUUAUUACAUUUUUGUUAAGUCUUGGAGCAGUGACCUCUUCACCGAAGACAGUUCCUUUAAGCCCCGAAUUUGCAGCCUGAGUUCCUCAUUAUACAUUAGAUCUGGCACUUCUGUGCUUCUCAUGAAUUCAAGAGACGCGUUCCAUUUCCUGAACACCAGAAAAAUGAAUGCAAAAAAUGUCGGGCAAGAACCUUCUAGUAAACUCAUCAAAGUUAUACAUCAAGACCUCCAUUCUCCUUAUGAAUUUUUCCAAAAAGACCAUCUUGAAUAUGGUGAAAUCGUGCCUUUUCCUGAGUCUCAAUCCAUAGAGUUUAAGCAGUUCUCUACAAAACGCAUUCAAGAAUAUGUGAAAAGCAUAAUUCCAGAGUACAUCUCUGCAUUUGCAAACACUGAAGAAGGAGGCAGUCUUUUUAUUGGAGUGGAUGAUAAGAGUAAGAAAGUUCUGGGAUGUGCUAAAGAAAAAGUUGACUGUGACUCUUUGAAAAAGACAAUAGAAAACGCAAUAUACAAAUUACCUUGUGUCCAUUUUUGCCAAUCUCAAUGCCAGAUAGAUUUCACAGUCAAGAUCUUGAAUGUGUUAGCCAAGGGAGAGCUAUAUGGCUAUGCUUGUGUGAUCGAAGUAAAGCCAUUCUGUGGUGCAAUAUUCUCAGAAGCUCCCAGGUCUUGGAUGGUGAAGGACAAGCUCAUCUGCCCCCUGGCAACUCAGGAUUGGGUAAACAUGAUGCUGGACACAGAUCCAGAUCUUUCACGGUUGUGCGAAGACUUUGAAUCUCAGCUGAGUCUGUCUACUGGACCUCCUCUUAGCAGACCCGUGUACUCCAAGAAAGACCUGGAGCAUAAGAAGGAUCUCCAGCAACGCUUAUUUCCAGUGUCACCAGGACGUCUGAAAUAUACUCCUGAAUCCCUCUGGAAGGAGCUGUCCUCACAGAAUGAAGGUUUCGAGGAAUUAAUCAAUAAGGAAACACUUCCAUUCUCCCAGGGAAUUUUAAUUUUUUCUAGAAGCUGGGCUGUGGACCUGAGCUUGGAAGAGAAGCAAGGUGUCAUCUGCGAUGCUCUGCUGGUCACGCAGAACAGCCCCCCCAUUAUCUACACCAUUCUCAGGGAGCAGGAUGCAGGCGAGCAGUCCUACUCCAUUCGCAUCGCCUUUACUCUGAAACAGAAGCUGGUGAACCUGGGGGGUUACACAGGGUAUCUGUGUGUCAUGACCAAGGUUCUCCACCUGCGUCCUGAGAGUAACGCAGAGUCCUCGGAAGACUCAGGCUCUCAGAUUGAUUACCCCAGGUCCUAUUACCUUGCAAACAUCCAGCAAAUGGAAGCUUUGCUGCAGUCCCUCGUGAUCGUCUUGCUUAGCUUCAGGUCUUUCUUAAGUGACCAGCUUGGCUGUGAGGUUUUACAUCUCCUCACAGCCCAGCAGUAUCAGAUCUUCUCAAACAACCUCCGCAAUUACAGAGAGUUAUUUAUCCAUGGCUUACCCGGCUCAGGGAAGACAGUCUUGGCCAUGAAGAUCAUGGAGAAGAUAAGCAAUGAGUUUCACUGUGAGGCAGGUGAAAUCCUCUACAUCUGUGAGAACCAGCCUCUGAGGAACUUUAUCAGUAGCAAAAAGAUCUGCCACGCAGUGACCCGGAAAACCUUCAUGAAAACUGACUUUGAAAAGAUUCAACACAUCAUCAUUGAUGAAGCUCAGAAUUUCCGCACAGAAGAUGGGGACUGGUAUGAGAAGGCGAAAACCAUCACUCACAGAGACAAGGAUUGCCCAGGAAUUCUCUGGAUCUUUCUAGACUACUUUCAGACCAACCACAUUGAGUCCAGUGGCCUCCCUCCUCUCUCAGCCCAGUAUCCAAGGGAAAGGCUCACCAGAGUGGUCCGCAAUGCAGAUCAAAUCGCCAAGUACCUAAAGACAGUGUUGCAGGAGGUCAGAAAAAAUCCUCCACCUAACAUCCCCCAAGGGUCCCUGCAGAUGGUUCUUGAAGCUGAAUGGGAUCAGAGAGUUCGGGGAACCUUAAAACUUAAGGAAAACUUGACUUUCAAUCAAAUAGUAACCUAUGUGGCCGACACGUGCAAACUUCUCUUCGAAAAGGGCUAUUCUCCCAGGAAUGUUGCUGUGCUCUUCAGCACCGUGAAAGAUGUGGAAUGUUACAAGCAGGAGCUCUUGAGAGCGAUGAGGAAGAAAAUACGGGUAGUGCAGUUCACCGAUGCCAAUGAUGUGUUGGGUGAUUGCAUUGUGGUGGACAGCGUCCGGAGAUUCUCAGGCCUGGAAAGGAACAUCGUGUUUGGGAUCCACCCGAAGACAGUGGACUCGGCUAUCUUACACACUAUUCUCGUCUGUCUGGUAUCCAGAGCAAAUCAACAGCUGCAUAUUCUGCGGCGUCGGGUUGUUUAGGAAGAAUUCCAAGCCAAAUCGAGAUGAGGCGAUUGCUUUGGAAAUGUCCAUAGAUGAUCCUCUGUUUGGUAUAUUGGGAGCAACUUCUCAUUUCAGUUCACAGGGCAGCUAGAGAUGUGGGCAGAGCUGACCCGCAGAGUUUGGAACCUCUCCUUUCAGGGUUUCAUCCCCUAGUUCCUUCCAGCUGUUACUGUCCCAAAUUCUGUCGCCAAUUCUUCCAGCCAGAAUGAUAGAGCUUUUCUUUUUUUUUUUUUUUUCUUUUUUUAAAUGAUUUUUUUUUCCCAUCAUAGCUGAUUUACAGUGUUCUGUCAAUUUUCUACUGCACAGCAAGGCGACUCAGUCACAGAUACAUAUACACAUUCUUUUUCUCACAUGAUCAAUGCUCCAUCAUAAGUGACUAGGUUUUCUUUUUGUAGCUUUUGGCUGUGCUCCAAGGCUUGUGGGAUCUCAGUUCUCGGACCAGGGAUUAAACUCAGGCCGUGGCAAUGAAAGUGCCAAAUCCUAACCACUAGACCACCAGGGAACUCCCUGAUAGUGGUUUUCUAAAGGAGUUUUAACCACCCUGCACAGCACAGGGUUAAAAACCAUAAGACACAAUAUACUCAUCCUGUGACCAGUCUUUCUUCUAAGUCUGGACCUCCGAAGUGACUUUGUGCAGUUUUUGGUUUUUAAAAUUUUAAAGGGUGGUCUGGUAAGAACUACCUUGGCCAUACCACAAGCAGCUCUUGUUUCCUGAAUUCCUGAUAUUUCCCUUUACUGUAUUGAUGCAAGACUUGGGAGAGUCCCAAGAUAAUUCAGUCAGCCACUGGGUGGGUCUUAUUUUGGCAGAACAGGGAGCACUGGUAUGAUUAUUUAAUCUCUGAAAAUUGUAAUCUCCAAUUUUUUUUUUUUUUUGUCCUCAGAAUAGCCCAUAUCAAGCUUAGAUUGAAUAUGGCAGAAGUUCAGAAAAAACUCUCCAUUUAACAUCCCCCUUGGGUGCUUUCAUUGGGAUAGGAAGCAUUAAUUUUCACUUUACAGAGAAGUUAUAGGCCAAAAGAAAACAAAAAUAAAGCCAUUUUCUCUGGCUUUCAGUGAGAGAUAGCAUUAGAGACCAAAAUGGGGUUCUGGGAGUUCCCGUUGUGGCGCAGUGGAAAUGAAUCCGACUAGGAACCAUGAGGUUGCGGGUUCAAUCCCUGGCCUCGCUCAGUGGGUUAAGGAUGUGGCAUUGCCAAGAGCUGUGGUGUAGGUCACAGACACAGCUCGGAUCUGGCAUUGCCGUGGCUGUGGCGUAGGCCGGCAGCUAUAGCCCCGAUUCGACCCCUAGCUUGGAAACCUCCAUAUGCCGCGGGUGGGGCCCUAAAAUGACGAAAAGAAAGAAAAAUAAAUAUUUCAUCAUUAAAUCUAGUAAUUCAACUUUAAGAAACUUCUCUGUAUAUAUACUGUAUUUUUUUGGUCUUUUUGUCUAUAUUCUUGUAUUGAUUGAUGGCAUUUUAGCUCAUUUACAUACCUAGGACCAAGUAAAACCUUACGUUUUCACCUCAACCUUUAUUUCCAAAGAUCUAGAUUCUUUUUUCACAUACAUGAUUUCCUCCCCCCCCCCCAGGACUCCAUUCCUACUACAGAAAAGAAGGAGGCAGCUCUACCCAAAGGAACAGGGACUAUCAAUCAGAUAAAAGGAAGGGAAGUGAUGGAUACUGAGUAUUCAUACACUACAAAACAGGUGCUUCAGAUCCAUUAUUUUAUGUAAUCCUCACACUGUAAAAGAAAAUGUUUAUUCACUUUCUAAAAAUUGUAUUUAAGCGUGAAACAUAACAUAGAGAAAAGUGCAUGGAUUGUACUCAAUGAAAGUGAACACAUUUAGACCAAAAAUUCAAAGCUCUGUCUUUGUUUUUUUUUUUUUUUUUUGGCACAUGGAGUUCCCAGGCCAGGGAUCAGAGCCACAGUUGGAACUUAAGCCGCAGCUUCUCCCUGCAAGUAAACAGUAUCCCGACUUUAAAUACAGGAGGUUAGUUUGACUGGCUUUGAACCUAUCCAAAUGGACUCAUUCACUAUACAGCACAUGGUGUUAGGUCCAGUUCCUUUCACUGAAUAUUAUAUAAGUUGUAUGUAGCGCUAGUUUAUUCACUUACCUUGGUUUAUCAUCUUCUAUAUGAGAACAGGAUCAUUUAUCCUUUUUCUAUGGAUACUGGGAGUAUUUCCACUUGAGAGCUGAGACUGGAAAUGUUCUCUUUCAUUAUACACAAAUUUUUGGUGCAUGGAAGUAUGUAUUUCUGUUGACACUUUACCUAGGAGUUGCUGGCUAUUUUAAGUGGAUACUUCCUAACGCUUUCGGGGGAUACUGCCAAAUGUAUUUUCUUAAGCAGUCGUAGUAAUUUCCAUUCCCCCCUGCACUGUGUAAGAAUUCCAGUUAUGCCACAUUCUCACCAACACUUGGUUUUGUGGGGGGUUUUUUGCUCUUUUUUGCGGGGAGGGGUUGUUUUGCUUUUUGUCUUUUUAGGGCUGCACCCAUGGCAUAUAGAAGUUCAAGGCUAGGGACUGAAUUGGAGUUGCAGCUGCUGGCCUACACCCCAGCCACAGCAAUGCCAGAUCCGAGACGCCUGCUUGACCUAUGAUGCAGCUUUUAGCAACAUCGGAUCCCUAACCCACCAAGCAAGGCCAGGGAUUGAAUCUGCAUCCUCACGGAUACUAGUCGGGUUCUUAGCCCACUGAGCCACAAUGGGAACUCCUUUGUCGGUGUUUUUAAUAGUAGCCCUUCUAAGUCUAUAGUGAUGUCUCGUAAUACUAUUUUCCACCUUCCUGAUGACUAGUGAGGUUGAACCUCUUUUCACUUAUUGGCUUCUUUUAUGACAUGCCUGUUCAAGUAGUUUGGUCCAACUUUAUUCUUCUUCUAGAUAGUUAUCACUGUUCUGCACUAUUUGCACUUUCCUAUACACUUUAAAAACAACGAAUCAGCCUCUGUCCCCUCAAAGUUUCAAGGUUUGAUUAGCCCUUCAUAGAAUCUGUAUGUCAAUGUGGGGAGAACUUAUAAAUUCAAUGUAAUGUCAAGUCAUCCAUUCCAUGAACAUGGUAAUAUCUCACUUUUGUGUAGGAUUUCUUUUAUUUCUCUCAAUAUUUUAUAGUUUUCUAUGUGGAAUCCUUUAACAUCUUUCACAUGAUUUAUUUCUAGGUAUCUGAUGUGGUUUAUGUUAUUGUAAGUAGCAUCAUCUUUUACAUUUUAAUUUGCUAAUUGUUAGAGGUAAUAGAAACACGAUUUUUAUCAAGUGACUUUGUGUCUAAAUUCACUUGUUAUUUCUAAGAGUUAAUCUGUAGAUGUAUACAUAUACAGUCCUGUUGUAUAAAUAAUUGGAGAGUUUUAUUUCUCGAUUUUUUUUUUAUACCAUACCGGCAGCCUGCAGAAGUUCCUGGGCCAGUGAUCAAACCCACACCACAGUUGGGACCCAAGACGUAGCAGUGACAAUGCUGGAUCCUUAAUCCACUGAGCCAUCAGGAACUCCUAUGCCUUGAUUUUCAAUCUUUGUGUUUUUCAUUUCCUUUUCUUGUCUUAUCAUACUAACUCGAACCUCCAGUACAAAGCCAAAUAGAAUCGGUAAUAG